GAAAUUUUACGUGAAUUCUAUGAUGUUUUAACUCUACCGUUCAUAUAAACCUGAUCUAAAUACAUGUAAUAUUUUAUCAUUUUUUUUAAAAUAAAAUAAUGCUGUUUGUUUUUUUAAUUUUUGUAUUUAUAUUCCCUCCCUAAUUCCGCCACCUCUUUCAAAAACCCGUGCAGCUCAGACUAGCUCUCGACUCUUUCUCUCCCUAUCUCGUUCUCUCUGUCUGAUGGAAAACCGAUUCAAGUCGCGAAUCUCUCGUAUGUUUCGGGGUUCCUUUGCCUCGUGUCGGACCCGAAACUCAUCGGACGUCGUCGAAAAAGCUGUUUUUGUCCCGCGAAGCCACAAGGAUUACUUCCAUUUCCACGUUAUGCAGCCUUUGCCUUUGCCUCUGCCUCCAAAGCCUCUACCUUAUCCUUCCAUUUGCAGACCCAAAUGCCCCGAAACAACAGCCAAAGCUAUCACCAACUCUAUCUUCCCCAGGCAAAAAAUUUCGGGACGAUAUCCUCUUUUGUCGGCAAAUUAUAAUACUAAAGGAAAUGUUCGUCCCCCUGCAUCGUCUUCUUCCCCAUUCCACAAAGAUUUUAGCUUCAAAGAGAAAAAGAGGAGCUCGAGAUCAGUGAAAAACAGGAAAAAGAAAAACAAAACCACCGAUUUCAAGAGCAAUAGAAGGGACAUGAGUCUUUUUAGCUCAUCUUCGCAAGAUAGUGCAUAUUUUGAAGGCAGCUAUUGGUUGAGCAGCCAUGGCGACGAGGACAAGGGAGAAGGAGAAUCAGAUACACUUUUCUCUUCAAGGAGUCUCUCCUCAGAUUCAUCAGGAUCUCAUUGCCACUUUUCUCGCCGCAAGAAGCUGAGUUCUCGCCGGAGAAGGUUUGCCUCUAAAAGAUCUCAAAUGGGUAUUUUCCCCUUGCAUGGCAAAGUGAAGGAAAGUUUUGCAGUGGUGAAGAGUUCUAGUAAUCCAUACAAUGAUUUCAGGGCAUCAAUGGUGGAGAUGAUAGUUGAAAAGCAGAUGUUUGCAGCUAAGGAUCUUGAACAGCUAUUGCAGUGUUUCCUCUCCUUGAACUCUUAUAAUCAUCAUAGGAUUAUCAUGGAGGUCUUCACAGAGAUUUGUGAGGCUCUGUUCUCUAACUGAUUUUAAUUAAUGAAAAUAAAUCUACUUUUUUUUUUUUCUUUUUC